ACAGAGACGCGGUGGUAGGGCCUCCAGGUCUCUGGCUACCUAGCCUCGGGUCACUUCAUCAGCUCUGCUAUCUUUCAUCGUCAUGUCGAUGCGGACGCUACCGCUGCUUUUCUUGAACUUGGGCGGGGAGAUGCUUUACAUCCUGGACCAGCGGCUGCGGGCCCAGAACAUCCCGGGAGACAAGGCUCGCAGAGUUCUUCACGACAUCGUCUUAACCAUGUUCAAUAAAAACUUUAUAGAGGAACUGUUCAAACCCCAAGAGCUCUACUCCAAGAAGGCCCUAAGGACCAUCUACGACCGCCUGGCUCAUGCCUCCAUUAUGAGACUGAACCAGGCCAGCAUGGACAAGCUCUAUGACCUGAUGACUAUGGCUUUGAAAUAUCAAGUAUUGCUGUGUCCCCGUCCCAAGGACGUGUUGCUGGUCACUUUCAAUCAUUUAGAUGCCAUCAAGGGAUUCAUCCGAGACAAUCCAGCCCUCGUGCACCUAGUGGAUGAGACUUCCCGGCAGCUGAUCGAAGUGUACGGCGGUCUCUCUGCGGGGGAGUUCCAGCUGAUCCGGCAGACGCUCCUCACCUUCUUCCAGGACCUGCACAUCCGGGUGUCCAUAUUUCUGAAGGACAAGGUUCAGAAUUCUAAUGGUCGCUUUGUGCUGCCAGUGUCUGGGCCUGUUCCCUGGGAAACUGAAGUCCCCGGGCUCAUCAGAAUGUUCAACCACAAAGGCGAAGAGGUGAAGAGGACAGAAUUCCGGCACGGGGGUAACUAUGUCGCCGCACUGAAGGAAGGCUCUUUUGAACUGUACGGAGACCGAGUGCUGAAACUGGGAACUAACAUGUACAGUGCGAACCGGCCUGUGGAAACCCACACGUCUGGAGCAUCAAAGAACUUAGCUUCGCAGACACAGCAAAGCAUUGCUCCAAACCCUCUUGCUAAAGAAGAGCUGAACUUCUUGGCCAAGCUGAUGGGAGGAAUGGAGAUUAAGAAACCCAGUGGCCCUGAGCCAGGGUUCCGGUUGAAUCUCUUUACCACCGAUGAAGAGGAGGAACAGGCGGCGCUGACCGGGCCGGAAGAGUUGCCCCACGAAGUCGUCAACAUCCAAGCUACUCAGGACCAGCAGAGGAACCAAGAGCUGGCCCGGAUCAUGGGGGAGUUUGAGGUCACGGACCAGCCAAAAUGGAGCGCCAGCAAGGGAGACGAUUUGCUGGCCAUGAUGGAUGAGUUAUAGCCGCGCUGACCAGGCACACCCCUCCCGCCCGGGGAGCGGCUGCCUGAUGAGGACCCCGGGGGAUGCCCAGGGAGCAAAAGGAUGCUGCUAGUUUUCCACUGAGUGAAGCCAUUACCUCUGGUUCCUGUUUAUGUUAGAAUGAACUGCGCAAGUCUCUCAGGGAGCACACUCUCUGGAAGGCACACACAUACACACGUUUUCGGCAAACUGUAUUCGAGCUUUUAAAUUGGACCUUUCCCGUUUCCUCCUGACUUUAUGACAACCAGCCAAAGCAUCCUGGGCCACAGGUUCAAGCCUCGGAGUUGGAAAGGGGCGCUCCCAUUGCCACUUUCAAGGACAGCAGCCAUGGGGGCUGACAACCCCCCAGAUGCCUGAGAAUCAUCACAAAACUUCAGAGCUUUCCGGGGUGUGUUCUGCCUUCUGAGUUUGAAGUAAGUGGAAAAGGCGGUUGCCUCCAACAGUGGGGACCCAUUUAGACAGCCCUCCUCUCCCUGGCACCCUGGGGACUGUGGCCUCAGAGGCACAGGAAGCAAGGUUGUGUGACAGGAACUCUCUGCUGGGGCCUGCCCAGAACAUGUGGUAUCUGGAGUUCUCUGCAUGUCCCUCCAUCCACACGUGGUGUGGGCUUCUCCCACGUGGAGGUGUGCACCAAGGAAAUGCUUUGCUUUUCAGCAAGUUACGUGCUCUUCAGCCCCACAGGCUUCCUCUGCCACUUUGUGUUCUUGCAUUCUGCUACAGACACCCAGCACAGUGCGCCAGGACAUCUGUCCCCUCUGCCUCACCAGCAGUGACCAAGCGGGGCCUUAAGCUGCAUACAUGGGAGGCUCACAUAGUGAGUCAUAUGCCCUCCUGUGCACCAGACGAGCUGCUUCUGUGGGCACGGUGCCCAGUCUGAUUGGGGUCCCUGUGAAUGUCAGGCCGGGGCUGCCUUCAUUGUUUCAGGAAGGCCUGGGAUUGAGAAAACUGGUGGGCUCAGGACCAGUGUCCAGGGGUCAAGGUCCAUUCAGCCCUGUGGAAGGAACAUCCAGAAUGGCAGAGGCUAGGAGAGAGACAGAGCUGAGUUGGUCCAACCACAGGGAACACGUGGGCCCCUCAUACCCAGCAAGAGUGGAGGGAAACACAGUUCCACAGUGUGAGGCCCGGGGAAGCUGUCCUGCGGCUUUGCCAAGCCGCAGUGUUUGGUCACAGUAAACCCUAGAUGAACUGAAUGUGCUCCCUGCCCGUGAAGUUACGUUUCCUUGCCAUAAAGACGCCUGAGAAGCCCCACUGCCAUGGGGGAGAGCCAUGUCUUGCUGUAAAACACCUGUGACGGGCUUGCAGCGUGCAUUCUGUUUUAGUCUCUCUUAAGCAAUCUGGCCGCCACUUGGGGUGGCCUGACAACCAGAGGACACAUGAAGGUGAAAGUUCUGUCCUGGUCUGAGUCAGGCCCCCACCACACUGCCACAAACCUGAACUGCACUGUCUGCUCUGAGCAUGUCCUGGGACCUUGGAUGUCGGCCACUGGCUGCUGAGAAGCAGCAGCCUCCUCCCUCCACCUACUCCAGAGCGACGCCGAGGAUUUCCAAGUGCGUCUGUCCUCUCGGCAAACAAACAAGAUACAGAUCUCUGCUAAGGCAGCCUUGUGAUGAGGCAAUCUUUGAGUUUCAUGUCUCUAGACUUGCACAAAUAUUGAGAAAAACAAGUUUAUUUGCAUAGUGGUUCAGGGCAUCCAGAGAAAACAGGGGAGUCAGGAGGAGGCAAGGAGAAGAUAGGAAUUAACUCUGGCAAGUGUGUGGACUGAGUACUAACGACACAUUGGGGUCCAUUGAAAAGCAGGCCUCGGCGCACGAGGGUGUCACACACAGCGCCUGUGCGCUUCAAGGGGAGGCGAGCCACAGGCAGUCAGGAUGCUGGGCUCUGGUCCCAUUCCUGCCCCCAAGUUCCCCGUGUGUCUUAGGUACCCUUGCUGAGCCUUGGUUCCCUCAUCUGUAAGAAUGAGAAAGAACUAGUUCACUGCCUCAAGCUGGCCUGCUCACAUAAGGUGUCGAAUUUACGGUUCCCUGGACCCUGCCCCAGGUGGGACCUGAGAAUUGGAAGCUUCACCCAUGCAGGCCCCAGCUUUAUGCUCUGGGGGUUUAUCUGCUCUCUUUCAGCUCUUCUGGGACUAAUUUUCUUCUCGACUAAGUCUCAAACUGCCCCACUCUUGUUCUCACCGGGGUUGGGAUGCCCUACGGACCGUGCAGGGCAGGGCUCCAGAAAAAGCCUUCUGAAUGCAAGUUCUCUAAUGACUCCCCAGAGGAAAGAUGCGGUAAAAGUCCGAGAGUCAGGAGGGGAGGGGACGGGGGGAGGGGUGCUGUGCAGCCCUCGGUUCUAAGAGGCAAGUUGCAUGUGUGGUGCACAUGGGUGUCUAACAAUUUUUUAAGUCAAUUCACUUUUUGCCUUUGAUCCAGAUCCUAGGAGGCAAGAAAGACACUUCCCCAUGGUACCCCGAUCCUGGAGCCCCCAAGGCCAAACAGGAUCAGGUUCCCUCUUCCUCUUUAUCUGCUUUAUCGCGCUGGUUUGCAUCCAGUAUAGAGACCAACUUAAGCCACAGGAAACCACAGGGGGAGAAAUGCAAAUUUUAGAAAAUAGAUAUAUGUGUCACAGUAACUAAUCAUAAAGACCCAAAUUAAAAUUCAAAAACUAACCCUAACAUUCAUCUACCGCUAACUCCCUUUAUUUUUUUAAAAGAUUUUAUUUUUUAUAGAGGGGGAAGGGAAGGAGAGACGGACAGUAUGUGGUUGCCUCUCAUGCGCCCCCUACUGGGGACCUGGCCUGCAACCCAGGCAUGUGCCCUGACUGGGAAUCAGACCAGCAACCCUUUGGCUCACAGGCCGGCGGCACUUGAACCACUGAGCCCCGCCAGCCAGGGCCACCCCUAACUCCCUGUAAAAAAUGCCCUGGAUAGCUUACUCCUCAGCUGCUCAAUUCCUGGACAGCUGGUUAUAGACAGAGUUUGCAGGGAUGGGGCCAGGAAACCCCUUCACAGCUGAAUCUUCCCUGCACCGUUUGGUGAUGGGGUGAGAAGUAAAUUCUCAAGUCAUAACUCACCCUUUUUGAAAGAGAAUGUUGAGAUGCAUUCCAAGGGCCGAUGGCAAUCACUGUGGAUUAUUUGAUUACUUUAACUGCCCCUGCCGCACACACACUCUGCAUUCUCUUUGUUUCUGGCCGCUGGUGCCUGUACUGACAAAAACAACAUUACCUUCUCUGUUAGUUCCCCAAACUACACAAAACCCCAAUCCAAUUAGCCUUGUGAGGCCACACCCCCAGCACAGCCAGAGAAGAAGUGGAGGCAGGACCCAGGACUUCUAAAUCCUAGAUGUGCAUAUUUGCAUCAGAUCACUCCCUUCUCUUUAUAAAAUUCCCUAACUUCCUUUUGAAACAUUGGGGCCAACGUUUUUUCAGGCUUUCCAGGGGAAGUCACGGUGUCAGCCGAAAACGUUUGAUCCGUGUGUCCUGGAUAUCCUAAAGACCGCUCGGGUUCACUCGCAGUUGAGAAAGCAACACUUGCUUUGUCCGCUCUCCCUCCCCUCUCUGCUGCAGCGUGUCUUUUAUCUGAGCUCUCCUCCCCUCGGUCUCGCCCUGCCUUCUUUCUGUAUCUCAAACCCAUCUCCUACGAAUGGCUGCUGAGGUUCUCCUGUCCUCUCCAAACCGCUCUCGCCCACAUCUUCAACCUCUGCUCCUCCAGGGGCUCCGUUCUAUCUUAAUCCAUCGGGCUGCCCAACGCCCUCUUCACUCACCCACAGCGCUCCAGGCUUCCUUGCUGCCUCACCCACCAUCCCUCCUUCCCCUAUAGCUCCUGUGACUUACUCAGGUCCCAAAUCUCGAGUCCCCAGGCCCGACCUUAGUAGAUCCAACAGCCUUAUCUCCUCCCCUUCUCCUGGCUUUUUGCAGACCCUUGGCCCCGCCAAACACCCUUAUCUUUCUGAAACUCUCUCACCCUCACCCUCCGGCCCUAGUGGCUCUAAUCAUAUUACUUUCUGAAUGCUCUUCCCUGCCCUUCCUCAGUGGCUUCUGGUUGAGGACUGCCCUGUGUGAUGCAGAUGUUAAUGCAGCCAUUUGGAAAAGCCUGUCACAAAGGCCAGGUCAUCUGCCAGAUGACCUUCAGGUCAUCCCUGGCUUUCCCCUGUUCCUCAGCCCGAUCUCAUCUCUCACUCUCACCCAAUCCUCACCCUUGCCCUUACUCUGACCCCGUUGCUGACGCUUUAUGGCCCCUCAGUGCUUAGUUUGCAUUUUUCUGUAAACUGUUUUGCAGUGUUUGUUUUUUCCCCUCUUUUCCAGAGAGGCCAUUGCUUUCAACCAUUAUUAUCAGCUCAAGAACCUGUAGUGUCCAGAGGGGAGAGGAGAGGGAAUUUCAGGGGAAAGGAGGAAGGGUUUACAGGAACAAGAAUAAAGGACACAGGAAC